AUGCCAAAAAUUCGUGAUUUCAGUUGGGGUGAAACAGAAAGAAGAACUGGGGCGCAACUUAAAAAGAUGAUUGUUGGUUCAAGUUUAUUGACAACUCACUUACAUGAAGAGAUAAGGAAACUGCAGAAUCUUGUGUCUAGACUAGAUACGGAGAUAGAUGUAAAGAAUCGAAGGAUCGGAUUCAUAGUGACGGGUCUCCUGAAACAAGCUCAUCCUGAAGAUAUGAGAAGAAUGCAUGGGAGUAUGAAUGAGAACGAGACAUUGAGAAGAGAGUUAAGAAAUCAAAGGACAGAACUUGCGCAGCAAUGUAAGGAAAUCGAGAAGCGUGAGGCCCAAUUGGUUGUUUUGAGUGAGGAGGUGGAGGAUAUGUGCAAAAAACUGGAAGAGAGAGAUGAUGAGUUGGAUAGUAUGAUUAACCUCAAUAACACCCUUAUAGCCAAAGAGCGCAUUAGUAACCACGAGCUACAGGAGGCACACCAAGUUCUAAUCGAGGGUUUGGAUGGGUUUGCAAAUAUACGUUCGCGUCCUCCUGUUGGGAUAAAGAGGAUGGGGGAGCUGAAUGAGAAACCAUUUCGAGAUAUUUGCAUUGAGAAGUUCUCGAGUACAGAAUGGGAAAUAAAAUCAGUUGAGCUAUGCUCGUUGUGGCAAUAUAAAAUACAAGAUCCAGAGUGGUAUCCGUAUAAGAAAGUGACAAUCGAUAAAAAGCUUCAUGAAGUAAUAAAUGAAGAUGAUGAAAAGUUGAGAGAGCUGAAAGAUGAAUGGGGCGAGGAAGUAUAUGAUGCAGUAGCUAAUGCUUCACUGGAGAUGAAUGAGUACAAUGCAAGUGGAAGAUAUCCAGUUCGGGAGCUUUGGAAUUUCAAGGAAGGAAGACAAGCCAGCUUUAAGGAAGUAAUGGAGUACAUCCUUCAAAAAUUGAAAGCUCUUAAAACUGUUAAACGUCGAAGAUUCUAG